AUGCGAGAGAGAGUCGGCAGUAUUGCUGGAUGUCUGCAGAAGAAUGUCCGGAAGAGAAAGAAAGACGGCGCAGAGAAUAAGGGUGCUGCGAUCAGGCUAUCCGGGGAAGCGGCGAGGAUAGCGGGAAAGGAGGGAGCUGCUGGAGCAGUUUCUGCUGCUACUGCUGCUGCUCACGCAAACCGGAUUGUUACGGACGCCGCGAAAGUCGCUGAGGAAGCCGCCAAUGUCCCUACGCAGGGCGAUAGCGACGAGGGUUCCCACAACAUCCGCGUCGUCGCUGAGAUCUCUGAGAAAACUACAGUUCUUGAAGACGGCGUCGCCACAGUUGCCGAGGAGGUCGACACUCAGUUUGAAGAGCCCCUCCACAAGAUCGACGGCGACAUCCAGCAAAUUAAGAAGGAAGCCGCCAGCAUUGCAGCCGAAAGCGCUGCUGGGCUCUUGGCGAAGCUUGCUAGUGAUGAUAUUGUCAAUCGGAUUCUUGCCGAAGUGUUUAAGCUCUUAGUGGACCCGAACGUCGCUCUGAAAACUGCAGGGGAUUUUUUCGAAAGCGCAGCUGACCAAGCUGUACGAGACUUUAUCUUUGGGGUGACGGCACGUUGUCUCUGCGCUUUGCGUGGCUCCCUUGGUAGCAUUCCACCACUAUAUGAAGAUAUCUUCAAGGAUGGCCCAAACUCGGACGCUCUCCGGUACAUCGUUAAGGAACGCUCGCAGAUCGUUGUCGAAUUCCUGCAUCGACCUCAUUGA